UUGGCAACAUCGUUCCCUCCAAGCAGAAAUGUCAAAAUGGCGUCAACGCAGGACGCUUGGUAUAUUUCUUUACUUGGUUUAGCAGAACAUUUCCGUACAUCAACUCCUCCUGACAUAAAAAGUUGCAUCCAGUGCUUACAAGCUGUAUUUAAUUUCAAACCACCACAAAGAGUCGAGGCCAGGACACAUUUACAACUUGGAAAUAUUCUUUUGACACACACCAAAAACAUCGACUUGGCGAGAACGCAUUUAGAGCAGAGUUGGUGCAUGUCCCAGACUAUCAAUGGGUUUGAUGACGUUAAGUUCGAGGCAGCCAGCGUGCUCGCAGACUUGUUUGAGGCCCAGGGCCAGCCCUCACAUUCUAAGCCCAUCCUACGGAAGGCCAUUGAGUUGUCACAGCACAGUGUUUACUGGCAUUGCAGACUCAUAUUCCAAUUGGCACAAAUCCACGCCACAGAACGCGAAUAUGAAGUUGCGAGCAGUCUGCUCGGCGUCGGCGUGGACUACGCCCAGAUAUCCAAUGUGGCAUACACGCGAGUUCUGUUCUUACUCAGUAGGGUGAUGCUUCUGUUAAUAGACAAAAAGAUUACAGAGGUAUUACCACUACUGAAUCAGGCUGGACACUUAGUAGACUCCUGGACCGGCAGUAUUCACCAGAAGGAGUACCUAAAAGUUUUCUUUUUAGUGUUACAGGUAUGCCACUACUUAAUGGCAGGACAGGUGAAGAGCGUGAAGCCUUGCCUGAAGCAGUUGCAGCAGAGCAUACAAACUAUUAUGGGGUCUUCGUGGCCUGAUGAUGACUCUGUGUGCGGCAGUGCGCUCGGCGAGUCGUUCGUGUGGAUGUCGCGGCAGCAGCUGUACGUGCUCGUGUAUCUGGUCACCGUGAUGCACUCCGCGCAGGCCGGCUACAUGGAGAAGGCGCAUAAGUACACUGAGAAGGCGCUCGCUCAAAUUGAUAAGCUAACAGCAAAAACAGGCGAGCCAGAAGACAUGGAUUCGGCGUGCCUGUCGUCGCGGUCGGAGGCGGGCCCGCGCGCGCUAGCGUGGCGUCUACGCAUGGCGCUGGUGGAACACGCGGCGCUGUGCCGCCUGGUGGCGGGCGGCAAGGCCAACGCGCUGCAGGAGAUCGCGCGCGCCGCCGCGCUGCUGCGACAGGCGCCCACGCCGGCGAUCGGGGCCUUGCAUACGCCGCAGCUGCACUGUCUGCUGGGCCUGUACGCCAUGUCCAUGAACUGCAUGGAGGCUGCAGAAUCGCAGUUCCACACUGCCAUACAUAUGUCACAAGAAAGGGAUCUAUGGAUGUUUGCAAAACUUAAUCUGGCUAUUGUAUAUUUACGGGGGCGGAGAGACAACGAGCUCACUCAACUGAUGGCUGAAGUUAAGCCGGAAUCGUUACCUGCUUACGCGCACGGUCUUAGGGCAGCUUCGUACUACGUGCUGGGAUUACAAGCCUUUUUCCAGGCGCGGUAUAACGAGGCCAAGAGGUACCUCCGUGAGACGUUGAAGAUGGCAAACGCAGAGGACCUGAACCGGCUGACUUCGUGCUCGCUGGUGCUGUUGGGCCACAUCUUCCUGUCCAUCAAUAACUCGCGCGAGAGCAUGAACAUGGUCACGCCAGCCAUGCAGCUCGCCAGCAAGAUACCUGACGUACACGUCCAGCUCUGGGCCUCCGCUAUACUUAAAGACUUGUACCGGCUGGCGAACGACACCGACCGCGAGACGGAGGCGUACCAGAUGCACUGCAACUUCUCGCAGGCGCUGCUGAAGGACCACUUCGCGGCCACGCAGAUGCCCGAGCACGCGCUCGUGCAGUGGACCAGCGGGCCCGUGCCCUGUCUCGAGACGCCGCCCGCGCCGCCGCCCACGCCCGCGCCCUAGCCGGCCGGGCCGCGCGCCGGGCCGGCCUUCUGGCCGCCCGCCUGGCCGCCCGCCUUGCUGCCCGCCGCCGCAGUGCUACUGACAAUGUCUGCUCGGUUACGAUCUGAGUGACGCGCGAGUGCCGUGUGACUGCCGUGUGACUGCUCCCGCCGAGGGACCGAGGGGAUUCAACUAACUUUAGUCAAUAAUGUAUAGGUAAAGCUUGAUUUACGGUCAAUUAACAUCAUCUUCAUCCUGCAUCCUCACACUUGGGUUUUCAGUCAUGCUAUGGUUAGGGUUGUAGUCUACGGCAAUUAAUAUUGCUCAAUUGUAUCCCCUCAUUCCCUGCGGUCCGGGAAAUGCAGUUUUACUUGAAACCAAGCACGCUAUCAUUAUUGCGCGAUAACAGAACACUUAGGUGCAUGUGAUUUGGUUUCUUACGUAUUCUUCUCGACAGAAUGAGAAGUCCUCUUGCGUCAUCUAUUCAAGUGAUUGUUGAGUUUGUAGAAAGUUGUGACAAUAAAUUCAUAUCAGACUAGUUGGUGUCUGGGUGUCUGCACGCAGUGUACUGUGACACUUGUAUCGGUUUCAUAAUUUUGUCUGAUCUCAUUCAUUUAUCAUCAUCACAUGUAAAGCGACGUUAUAGGAGGAAGUUACCGUAAUCAGUAUCAAAUUAAAAUAAUGAAUGAAAUUGCAUGUAAUUCUUCUUUUCGAUAUCGGCGUACAUACAACGUGGCAAUGUUUCCGUUCCACUAUAAGAUAUAAGAUGACACAGAUGUAGUGCUUUGUUCCUUCCUUAUCUGAAUUGGAGAGUGAUGACAUAGCAAAUGUCGCGCUGAGAAAAUGACACUUCUUAGUGAGAGUUUAUUUUCUCCACUUUCCCCCACCAUUGGUGAAAGGGUUUAUGACUCAUAUAUGAUUAUAUUGCUUGUCUGUAACUUGCUUCACUUAGUAAAGUUAGACUACACGCCAAAGGAGAGAGCAUAAUAAAUUGUCUUAUUUUGCACAAUACACAGAUGUGGACAAAUUUAAAUUAAAAAUAUUUAUGCAGAUAAUACGGACUGAUCUAUAAAUUAAUUGUACAUAAUGUGUCAAAAAUAUGAACUUGAGAAAGAACAAAAACGUCUCAUAUUUAUUAUUAUUAAUAUUAAUUUUAUUAAUUAUUUUCUUAGUAACUUGUUAGGAGUGAGUGGAUGUUGUUGAUAUGCUGGUUAAUUAAUUUUAUAGUAGCAUUUGAUAGUUGGAGUUGGUUUCAAUAGACGUCAUAUUAAGUAAUCAUUGUCACAAUAAGUGUUUAAAAUUAAAGUUCUCAUAUUAUUUUUGUAAUAUAGCAUAGAUAAAUCGCUUUCUUACACAAAACUAUUGAAACUGAAUCCAACCAACCUUUACUCCAGUCUGUGAGAAAACAAAAUUGUCAGAAAUCUGUACACAUUUUUUAUUUUAGUAAUUCCCUUUCAAACAGUUAGAUGUGGCCUUAGAAAAGGGGUACUCUUACUGUUGUUAAUAUGUAAAUAAAAGUUGAAUUAUUGUAAAUAAUAAAAGUAUAAAAUAUAUGUUUUUUGCUAUA